AUGGUGCGGCAGAGUGCCCGAGUCCAGAUGGUCACGGAGAAAGUCGUGACGGCUGUCGCCACGUCGUCCCGAGUUGCCAAAAAGCGCAAAAGCGCCGUCUCUGCCGCGACAGUCUCGUCUCCAGUCACAACUGAGUCAUCUUCUGUUGAAAUAAAGAAGACCAAGACGUCGUCGAGCGCCACUGCAGACAAAGGCGCAUGGGGAGUCCUAUUUGCACCUCCGACCACGAAGAAGCCAGAUCGGGUGCGACCACUGGCUGCUGCGCCCGUCUCCACGGAACUCCAGCAACAGAUCGACGCGUUUCCGCGUUUUCAAGACGUUUCGAGACGAUCAGACGAGACGGUUCAGUUCAAAAUUGUCGCAUGGAACGUCAAUGGUCUUCGGGCGAUCCUCAAGCGAGACGAUAGUGUCCACCUGCGUGCUUACGUGGCUCAGGAAGAUCCGGAUAUCGUCUGUCUCAGUGAGACAAAGAUCUGCCGCGACGAGCUACAGAAACUCGAGGACUUUCUGCCGCAGUACGAGCACCAAUUUUGGUCCUGUGCAGUCAAAAAAGGGUACGCGAGCACAGCAGUUUUCUGCAAGACGAAGCCACUGCGUGUGCGAGACGAGAUUGUCGUGGGAAGUCACGCGUCAAAAGGGAGUGACGAGUCGGAGAAUGGGGAAACGGACCAAGAAGGACGUUUCUUGGCAUUAGAAUUCGACAAGUUCUGGCUGGUGCACACGUACGUCCCGAAUGCUGGAGGCAAGUUGGAACGGCUGAGGUACCGAACCAGUCAGUGGGAUCAAGCCAUGCUGCGUGAGAUGAAGGAGAUGGAGAAGACAAAGCCCGUCAUUUGGUGUGGAGACCUGAAUGUCGCGCAUCACGAGAUCGACAUUCAUAGCCCAAAGGGUAACCGCAAAAGUGCUGGAUUCACGGAUGAAGAGAGACAGAGCUUUAGUGAGAUCUUGGACAGUGGAUUUGUGGAUACAUUUCGCCGCUUGCAUCCAGAAAAAGUCGAGUACUCGUAUUUUGGAUACCGACACAAUAUGCGAGCAAAGAAAAAAGGAUGGCGACUUGACUAUUUUGUCGUGUCGGAAGCACUGAUGCCAAGAGUGCGAUCGUCAUUUAUCCGGCAAAGUGUUACUGGCAGCGAUCAUUUGCCUAUUGGACUGGAGCUUGGAGACCUCUCGUGA